AUGUGGCUGGCUCACAUGGGCAUCAACUUCACACCCUUGAAGAAGAUACAAGCUGGUUUCGUCUGCGCUAUGCUUUCCAUGGUGGUUGCAGCAGUCAUCCAACACUUCAUCUACCAGAAAUCGCCAUGCGGGGAGUUUCCAACAGACUGCGAUCAGCCCCCGGAUCUCUCAGUGUGGACUCAGGUUCCUGCAUACAUUCUCAUCGCAUUCUCGGAGAUCUUCGCCAGCAUCACGGGACUUGAAUACGCGUUCUCCAAAGCACCGAAGAACAUGCGAUCUUUAGUGACUGGCAUGUUUUGGUUCACGCAUGCUUUCUCGUCUGCUAUCGCUCAGGCCUUUGUGCCGUUGGCUGGUGAUCCAUUGCUCGUGUGGCUGUACAUGAGCAUUGCCAUCCUUACGUUCCUUGGUUGGGUUGGUUUUGCCUGGACUUUCCGCAGCUUGGACCGAGAGAAUGACACACUUGACAAACUCCCAGAAGGUGGCUUCCAGUCCAACGCUGAGUACACCGCGGCGAAGACUGAGAACGUGGAAAGGGCUUAA